AAAACAAAUGUUAAGAUCGACUGUCUUUACCGAAAGGAGUGUCUGUGUAAUGAAAAGCUGUUUUGUGAGAGUAAAAUCUUAAGAUAUAUUUCAUAUAUUUAAGAACACGCGUUAACCGAAUAUGUUUAUACUGUGGUUGUUUGUUAUGUUCGGAUUGCCAAUCAAUGUGUGUUUGCUCGAAGAACUAUGUGGCAAUAGGUGUGGAUGUGAUUUCAGUGUAAUGAAAAAGCUGAUGAAAUUGGAGCAAGAAGUCGAAACUCUUAAAGGUGCUCUUAAAGAAGUCACACACAUUGCGAAAUGCAAGAACGUAGCAUUCAGAGCUCAGCUGACGCAGGAUCUGGGAUCUGUCACACUUGGACAAAAGAUUGUUUACGACAGUGUUGAGCUGAAUCUUGGCAACGCAUUUCAUCCUUUCCACGGCAUAUUUACCGCCCCGUGUGACGGGACAUACCUGUUUUCAAUCACCAUUGGGAACAGUAAUAAGCCCGGAGUUGUUCAUCUGAAGAAAAAUAACAUUACAAUCGAGUAUGCCUGGGCUGGUCAUAAUGCAGGUUGGGACAUGGGAGGAGUCUCAACCGUGGCAAGGCUCAAUGCUGGAGAUGAUGUGUGGGUGGAAGGAAGAGGAAUUAUCAAUGGAGCCAACAGUUCUGAUGGAAUUGGCGUAGUGAAGCACACUGCUUUCUCCGGAACAUUGCUGCACGCCCUCUAACGCCCAUAAAACUAUUUGGAAACAUACAACUCACAUAUGUUUAAAUAAAAAUAAUGGAUUUAACGGUUCAUUUUGAUUUCAACAAAUUGAAUAUGAUUUAGCCGCACAUGGGCUUGGAAAACAUAUAUUAUAUUCUAAUUUAAGUACCUAAUAAUGACGGUCUAGAAAUGAUGAUGUUGUAAGUGGUAGAUGCUUUUAUAAGUGAUACCCUUAAAUCAUGCACAAAGUACAUUUUUUAUGCUAUUUUGUGUUUCGUAUGAACAAGUUUACGUAAAGAAAAAAGUAGUUUGUGAGAGCGAUAUCCAUUUUCGUGUUUAAAAGUCUUAUCAAUAUAAAUAUAUGAACAAAGAACAAAGAACAAACACAGAGUUAUGCAAAAGAUUGAUUAUUAAAACUAUACAACUUGUAUUAAAAUAGAAGGAUCCUGACGGACUAAUCUCCAGAUUUUCUAUUUCCUACUGUUUCUAAUAUCUAUGAAAAACUACAGGACUGUAUGUGAACUAUUAGAAAAUAUUAACGACAAGUUACAGAAAUAUAGUAUGAGUUUAUAUGCCCAUUACUGUCACGCUACGGAAAAUAACGACUUCGCCCGACUACCGGCGAAACCGUUAUAUCUCAAGGUAGCAGGAUACACUUCGAAUAUUUGUAAUAAUUAGAACUUCGUGAUUUUGGAUGUCUGUAAAUUAAAGUGAGAGAUAAUGAUUGUUAAUUCUUUAGAAAAUUUAAACAGCUGAUACAUGUAAAAUUCUGAUGUCAGUUGUAAAACUAACUGCUGCUAGCUUUGUAUGAAUCGAUGAGUCACCUUGGCGCGGGAAAUUCAAAUAAUAGAAGGGUUUCAUGCUUGUUGAUUGAUACUCAGGAACAGUUUUGCUAUUUUGUGAAAAAAACGAGAUGGAUGGCCCCCAUUCCAUUAAUAUCCUGUAGUUCAGUAGGGACUAUUAAAUUGAGAAAUGCAAUAAAAUUGGACAUUGUUCCUGCAACGGGAUCAUUGCAGGCUGUUCAAAAAGUGCAAAAUUGAUGAUUUUGGCAUGUUAUUUUUAAUGGAUGGUGUAAAACUUUCGUUUUGAUAAUUUUCUGUAUUCUUGUAUGAGAGUCUUGAUCUUGUUAUUAAUUAAAAGCACAAAACAUGCACACAAUUUAUAAAACGGCCGCCCUGAUUCUGCUCAUUAGGGAAGUGCAAUAUUGCGAUUCGCUACAUGUAAGCCUGGCCGUGCCCAAAAUUUACGAAACUAAGUGUACCCUGCUACCUCACUAUCCUAUGCUACCAGACUUGUUCCUGUUUAUUUUCAAACAAAUAAAACCUUUUUGGAAUUAG